GCAUCAUGUCUUCUAUCAAUCGAAUACUUUUGCUCUCACCAUCUCACCAUCUCACACUCGAAUAACUUCAUUCUUCAGAGGAGCCCACUUCAGACAGCAAAACCAGAUCAAUAUUUAACCAGUCACCGCUAUAUCCUAUCCACAAUGCGUACUACUGCAGCUCUCGCUUUGUUGCCUCUGGCACUUGCCGCCCCUGCGAAGCGGGCUACCCCUGCUCCGGUCAUCCGACCCCGCGGCGCCCAGCUUCUUGAUGGCAAAUACAUCGUAAAGAUGAAGGGCGAUGCGCAGCUCGCGUCUAUCCAGAGCUCGAUCCAGUCCGUUUCCAGCGACGCCGACUUCGUUUACAACUCCAACAAGUUCAAGGGCUUUGCUUCCACCUUGACUGCUGAGGAGCUCGAGGCGCUGAAGAACAACGCCGACGUCGACUACAUCGAGCAGGAUGCUGUUGUGACCAUCGCGGCUACCCAGCAGAACGCCGACUGGGGUAUCGCCCGCCUGUCCAACGCCCAGCCCGGUUCCACCACCUACACCUACGAUGACACUGCCGGCGAGGGAACCUGCGCCUACAUCAUUGACACCGGUAUCGAGGCCAGCCACCCGGAAUUCGAGGGCCGCGCCACCUUCCUCCAGAACUUCGCCGAGGACGGUCAGGACUCUGACGGCCACGGCCACGGCACCCACGUCGCCGGAACCAUCGGCUCCAAGACCUACGGAGUCGCCAAGAAGACCACGCUCUUCGGCGUCAAGGUCCUCGAUGCUAGCGGCUCGGGUACCAACUCUGGUGUCAUCGCCGGCAUGGACUUCGUCACCCAGGACAUCGCCAGCAAGUCUUGCCCCAAGGGCGUCGUCGUCAACAUGUCCCUCGGCGGCCCCACCUCCAACGCCGUGAACCAGGCCGCGGCCGGCAUCGUCGACACCGGCGCUUUCCUCGCCGUCGCCGCCGGAAACUUUGCCACUGAUGCCUCUGACUAUUCCCCCGCCUCGGAAGCGACCGCUUGCACCGUCGGUGCUACUACUGCCGAUGACGAGCUUGCUGACUACUCCAACUUUGGCGAAGUUGUCGACAUCCUCGCGCCCGGAUCCGAGAUCACUUCCACCUGGAUUGGAGGCGAGACUAACACCAUCUCCGGUACCUCUAUGGCCAGCCCCCAAAUUGCUGGUCUCGGCGCCUACUUCCUAGGACUCGAUGCCGCGACCCCUGCCAAUCUGUGCGAAUACAUCGUCUCGAACGCGCUUAGCGGUGUCAUCACCAAAGUGCCCACUGGCACCGUCAACUUGUUGGCCAACAACGCUGCUUCUUAAGUGAAUGCGGCAUCAGUCACUGGCGGGUAGUUACCUACCUGGUCAGAUACCUAGAUGAUCGAGUUGUGCUGGGUGGUGGGAUGAUGAGAUUUCUUUUGAACAUAGCUUAACCUUUUUGUAUAGUUGGAUUUUGAGGUAUUCAUAUGUAUGAUUCGAACGGUCUGAUAUGUAUAUAUGCUUCCAUGAACGAGUUGUCAGCCAGACCGUUGGCUGGCUAUAAAAUAUAGAUGAUGAUAUAACCUGCC